AUGGCGGACCUUCCGGAGCCUGACGGUGGCGAAAGCGUCGACCGACGCACCGCCCAACCCAAGGAAUACCAAGAAGACUCUGGGAAAGAACAGCAGGAUGUCACCGAUGAUGAUGCUCCUAUGAUCGACGGAGUGUUCCCAGACUUAUCCACCGCCAGCACCAGAUAUCUGACACAAGAAGUGCUCAAGGAGCGCGAGGAGAGCGCGAAGCUCCGCUGGCAGUUGGCAUGCGCCGCUAGAUUGCACAACAAAGUGGAGGCCCGGAUCAUCAUUCUAGAAGAGACUGUCGCGUUGCUCGAUGAGAAGGCCAUGGUGUUGGGAGACCUGGUCAGUACGGGGGAGCAAAGAAACACGCUGCUGGAACGGAUUACCGCGGACGCAAAGGCCGAUCUUGCUCGAUUCCAGGAAAUCUCAGAAACUUCGACUGUCGAUCAGCCAGCGCCCACUUCCAGCAGAGCCAGCAACGGAAGUGAAAAGGGGAACAGCGCAGGAUGA